GACUCUGCUUGACUUGUAAAACUCSACCCUGUACGUUAUCCGACAGGCAGGAUCGCUCGGCGGCAACAGUGUGGAAGCAACCGCUGACAUGAGCAACCUGGAUUAAUUUUGACAGUCAUGACUUGGCUUAGGUGGCCCAGGGUAUGCCUCGGCCUGCUGAAUUCAACGCAAAAAUGGCGACGGCUGCUCCAUCCGAUGAAAAUGCGGCGGCACAGAGUGUUCUUGCUGUGCACGGUGGGUCUGUGUGUCAUCUCCUUCCUCCAUUACUACAAGGCCCUKCACUACGUCUCCCUGCUGCGUGAGCUCUCCGCUCCGUACCCCAACAUCAAGUCCUUCAUCAUGGUCUCGGGCUUCUUCUGGAGGGAGAAGGGCGUCGCUGCCACCCCGCUCAGUCCCGCCUCUCCUGAAGAGGCCCCGCCGCUGCCCGUCCUCCGCCAGGGCGCGAUGAAGCCUGGCGGAGGGGCGGGGUCUCUGGGGGACGGAGGCGGAGGAGGGGGAGCGGUAGACCCAGGAGCAUUGGACACCAACAUCAGAGUGGCCGGUGUGGCCGGCCUUAAACAUUUCGAGGUGAGAGCGAUGAAGGAGCCGGAGCCUCCGCAUCCCUGGGAAAAACCAGAGGAGAACCAGCUGGGAGACUCGCCAAGAGAGAAAAAAAGUGACGGUAGUCACGUUGAACCCAACCUACAAAAACUGCGGGAACAAUUAGGAAAAGAAAAGCUGCCCGACCCGAUAAAGUCCAUGGGAGACCUUCACACCCGCAGUCACCAGCUCCAGGAUGACAAAACCUCGUAUUUUGUGCGUACGAGUCGUGGGGCCUACUGUUUCAGACAGGGGACAGAGAUCAAGGAAUCCUCUGCAAAAGCAGCAGCGGGUGCGGCUGGUGACGUUUUGGAUGUGGAUAAAGCCGCUCAGCGGAAACCUCUGGGGCUUCAGCAGCAGCCCGGAAAGAUAAGGGGCAAAGGUCAGCCUUUGGGCAGCGGGAAGCAGCUGGUGAAGUGUGUUUGCCGGCCGGGCUGGCACGGACCUUAUUGUGGGGUUCCCACCAUGGUGUACCACUCCAACCUGCCGACGAAGGAGCGGCUGACGCCCAGAAAGACGCCGCGGAGAGUCAUCAACGCCAUCAACAUCAACCACGAGUUCGACCUGCUGCAUACGCGCUUUCACGAGCUUUCACAGUCCGUGGACUUGUUCCUGGUGUGCGAGUCAAACUUUACCGCAUACGGAGAGAAACGGCCGCUGAGGUAUGGCAUGAUCUUCAUUUCUUCAUUUGGGAGCGGGAUGUAAUGCACGAUCACGACAAUAAAGUUUACAGCACGAUAAAUUGCUCCAGAAAUUAUCUCGAUGAACGAUAAUAUUGUCAUGUUAAGACCAGUUUCAACUCAUAAUAAUAAUGGCAUAAUAAUGCGAGCACACAUACUGAAAAGUCAAACAAACUUGAAUUUCGAAAAGAAAAUUUAACACUGAUACCAGAAGACAUUUUAAAUAUUAAAAAAGAAAGAAAACGGAGCACUUUCUGUUACGGUCAAUCUGUCUCAACAGGGAAAACAGGCAAAAGUGGCAGACAGUGCAGACCAAAUACUUCACACCAGGUGUUGAAUGUUUGCAAGGCUGAAUGUUGCAAGGCUCUUCAACGAUAUGAAAUGGGAGCGUCUCUUUGACGACUGUCGUCCAAAUGAAAUUUGUUCAUUUCUCAUGUGAUGAAUUGAUUUAUAGCUUAUUGUGACAGGCUAAGGCUUUACAGAUCAGGGUUAACAUAUCUCUAAGAUUGAAAAACAUACAACUUAUUACACUUUAUUAUUUAUCCAGCACAAAUAAAUCCACAAUGAAAAGCUGUGGGUGGUUAAACAAAGUACGCGGCCCGAGUCAACAGCUUGUGUCGAAGUCUUUAACAUUUAUCAGAGUCAGAAAUGUGUUUUCCUCCGUCAGUCUCUCACAUUAUUGCAGAGGAAUUGUGACCAACUUUACAGCAUCCAUGCCGUCGUUGGAGGUUUACCGACGUGUCUCUGCACAGGCGUAGCGUCAGGUUUAGGUCUGAACCUUAGACCUAAUUACAACACCGUUGUUUUUCUUUUUCUAACACUUGGUUGUAGGGUUUUCAGUUGUUUGGGGUCAUGGUCUUUACUGAGACACUCCUAUUAAACCUAAACAGUUAAAUAAAUGCAUUUAAUCAUCAACAAAUGGCUGCUGCCUCAGGUUACUCACUCCUCUCAGCUUUAUUUUUGUUGAAUAAUCAAUGAGUUUUGGAUCAAUUGUGUGUUUUUGUGCUUUUUAGAUUAAAUUUAGACACUCAAUAAAUUACUGAGCUGAUAAGUAAAGUUGUUGAAUUGAUAGUGGUUGUACUU